UCCACCUCUGAUAACGAAGCAAACGCGAGUGUAUUCACAGCAGUAUUUUCGGGAUUUGUGUAUUAGAAAUCAAAAUUAACAAAGAAUCGUAAAUAAAUAUUCGCGAUUCACUUCCCUUGAAAAUGUGUUAUCUAAUUCAACUCGAUAAUAAACAAUACAUUUUCAAGAUAAAAGAGACUCAUACCUACGUAUAAUAUUGUAGCUCACAAAUGAAUGAACAACCGCGUCAAUUUCUUCAUCAUGUGAUUCGCCGGAGAUGGCAAACUUUAGUAACUUAACCGUGGUUUCAUUCAAAUUGAUUUGCAUUAUUUCAAUUUUGUUUCCUAUCACAUGUAUCCACUCUCAAGAAUGUCAUUCAAAAGCGAACACCGAGGAAGUAUGCCCAAUCGGCGAAGCAGUUCCCAAAAAGUACCUACUGUACGAUGUCAAUCCUCCAGAAGGUUUCAACCUCAGACGUGAUGUGUACAUGCGAUUAGCUGUUUUCAUCAAAAAUUUACCACAAGAUAAAAUCAAAUGGCACUUGGUUUUACCACCGUGGAGUCAUUUACCUCACUGGAGAUCCGCUGAAAUCGGUUCUCAAAGCAAACUUCCUUGGGAUCUGUUUUUUGACGUAUCAAGCUUAAAAUCAUUCGCUCCGGUUGUUGAAAUGUACGAAUUUUUAGAAGAUUAUGGUAAAGAAGCAAUAGAUCACGUUCUUAUUCUACAACAUUUCAAAGAGAUUUCGUUCGGAAAUUACUCUUGGGAAGAUAAGUGGGCUGUUGAGCAAUGUCAACGACCUGUAAAACUGAUUGCUAAAGAUUCGAGGUUUUAUAAAUGGCCUGUGCUUGGUUACGAUAUGCCGGUGAAAAAAAUCCAAUGUGUUUCAUUUCAUGGACCAGCUUCACUAUUGGAGAACCUCUUGAAUAAUUUUUCAGGAAGAUUCAUCGUGUUGGAGCACGCAGAAGUGGUGUUACAUGAUUUUUAUGGCGGAAAGGAUUAUUGGAAUUGUAGGAAAAGUAUGCAGUUCAACGAAAAUUUGAAACAAAUCGCUUCAGACUUUAUGCAAACUCAGUUAAAUUCCAGUUUCACGCUUGAAGGGACUUCAUCGAAAAAUAAAUACCUAAAAGGAAACCCGUAUUUGUGCGCACAUUUAAGAAGAAAAGAUUUCGCUGUAAGCCGACCUAAAGAUGUUCCCAAUCUAAAAUGGGCUUCUGUACAGAUAGAAGAAAAGCUAAAAAAGUAUAAUUUAUCCACAGCAUUUUUAAUCAGCGAUGAAAUGAACGAAGAUGUAGCUGAAGUUUUCCGCAGUUUAUUACCGUCGUUCAGAGUGGUUACUUUUCACCCAUCUUACACGAUUAAACAAACGUAUAAGGAUGGUGGAAUAGCAAUUAUUGAACAAAUAAUUUGCUCCUACGCGCGAUAUUUCAUCGGUACUUACGAAUCUACCUUUUCAUUCCGUAUUCAAGAAGAACGCGAACUUCUGCACAUGGAUCCGGAUACUACAUUUAAUCGAUUUUGCGGAGACAAUCAAUCUAGUUGUAAGCAACCAACGAGAUGGUUAAAAGACAAAUAUUAUGUGUAGGUUACAACUCAGUCGAGUACUUUGUGAAUGUAAAAUAAAAUUUUCUACUUUUUUUUAAAAACUCUAUUAAUCGAAUAAUAUAACAGUGCAUCAUUCACAUAUCUUACAAAUAGUAUUAUCAAAUACGACUUUCUGAAAAUAUUCAAGUAUAAAGAUCCGUUUUAUCAUACUUCGUCGACCAUAUACCUAAUAUUUCUAAUAAAUUAUGAGAACUUUAAAAUCAACAUUAUAUAAAAAAGUACAAAAAAUAAAUUACCUUAUAAUAAUAUGAAAAACACAUAAUACUCUGGUUGAUGGAAGACGCAUUUUGAGAAAUGCUUGGACGGACUCGCUUACACAAAUAAUCAAGAUCUACAAUAUAUUACGCAUUGAGAAAGGCGCCUGAGUGAAUUAAAAUAGAUACUUACAAUACAUUAAAUAGGCACUCAUUACUAAGAACAUUAAACUCUUCGAUACAAUGUUUUUCACCGAAGAAUUACAACCGUCUUUGGAACAAUAACACUUUUCCCAAUAAACACCGUUUUCCAAAACACCCCAAUGACAAACGUCGGUUACUCCAUUUUCCGCCACCGACGCACACUGCCUGAUGACUUGUCUCCAGCGACCAUCCCCUGGAAAUCGAUAUAAUUACUUUGAGUUUGAACCAGACACGAGGAUUUUAAAAGAAGAUAGUACGUCUACUCACAAAUGAAGCCUCUAGGACCUUGUUGUGUUAUUUUCAUACAAAAUGAGCCGGGAGAUUUGGAUUCAUCGCUUGAACAGUCAACAGCGACGUGUUUCUCUCCACGAAAGUCUUCGUAAGCGCCACAGUUGUCUUCGCCGUCAGGAUCUUCUGCUGUUGAACACUGGUAACAUUUUAUCGAUCUGGCACCUGAAAAUGAAAAUUUAGUUACAAAAAAUCACGAUCAUUCGCGAAAAAGCAAAAUUUUAAAGACACACCCUAGCAAGGUGUUACUGAGUCACUCACCUUCUAGCUUAUAUAAUACACACAGAGUAAAUGCAACAAAUUUAAUAUACUUCAUUUUAAAAAGGUUUUUACAAACAAUGAGAAAGGUUUAUAUCACAUUUUUCGAUCAUAUAUAUAAAUAGAGUUAUUUGAUUAAUUCUUCAUCAUUCAAAUUUCACUUCCCCAGAAAAUUUCAAAAA